AUGCUCCGAGGCGCGCCGGAACGAGGCCUCAGGGGCCUGAAGGGCGCCGAGGCCUCCGCGGAGGACUUGGGGGGCUCCCGCCCGGAGGCAGGGAGGGGUUUGGGGGUGCUGAGGGAGAACAGCGCCCCCCGCGGCCUGGGCGAGGCGGAGGAGGCGGCGGCCCGACAGCGCGCGCGGCCGGCGCGCUCCAAGGCGCGGCGCAUGGCGGCCAACGUGCGGGAGCGCAGGCGCGUCCUGGACUACAACGAGGCGUUCAACGCGCUGCGCCGCGCGCUGCGCCACGAGCCGGGCGGCAAGAGGCUGUCCAAGAUCGCCACGCUGCGCAGGGCCAUCCACCGCAUCGCCGCGCUCUCCCUCGUGCUGCGCUCGGGCCCCGCGCCCCGCGGGCCCUGCGGCCACCGGGAGUGCCGCCGCCAGGUCGCGCGCGGCGGGGGCGCCGGGGACGCGGGCUCCAGCCCAACGCCGCCCGCGGCGGCCGGCCUCGCGCCACGGGACGCCGCCGGCCUCUUGGUGCCGCCCGCGCCGCGCUGCGCCUCGUGCUCCCCGCACACGCCCCCGGCACGGCCCCGGGCGGUGGCCGAGGCGCCGGGCUUGGCACAGGCCUCCGGGGGAAGCUCGAGCCGAUGUCCGGGGGCCCCCUCGGCCGGGCCUCUUCUCUGGCCACGGGGCUACUUGCGAGCGGGCCCCGGGCUGGGCUAUGAGCUCUCCUGA